AUGGCGAAACCAAGCGACAAUGGCGAAAGUGUAGUAAUGAGUGGAUAUAAGACAAAGUUGAUUGUUGCGGCAAUUGAUUUCGGAACAACAUAUUCUGGAUACGCACAUUCUCUUAAAGAUGAAUACCAAAUGGAUCAAAUGAAGAAUCUUCGCCGUGGUAUGAAGAUCUAUGACGACCAGAAGGAAGGAAUGCCAGCAAUAGAUGUCUUCUCAGCAGCAAUCAAGUAUCUAAAAGACCAUCUCCUGAAGAGAUUAAAGGACAGGGUUGGAGAAUUACGUGCAACAGAUAUACACUGGGUUCUUACGGUACCAGCUAUAUGGCAUGAUGGCGCAAAACAAUUUAUGAAAGAGGCCGCAAAGAAGUUCAUUCGUAUAGGUGGCACCGUUGACAUAACUGUCCAUGAGGUACAAAGAGAUGGUACACUUACAGAACUCCAUCCACCAAGUGGUGGCCCUUGGGGAGGCACUGUAGUAGACAAAUGUAUUGAUGAGUUUCUAGACGAGUUGUUUGGAUCUGAGACAGUCAAAGGACAAUCUGGUAAUUUAAACCACGUUGAAAAUCUGUUACGAAAACCAGAGCUUAGAAACGUGAAAACCUUGAUGAUGGUGGGUGGAUUUUCUGAAUCUGAUAUAAUGAAGAAUGCUAUAAAAUCUGCAUUUCCCACCAGACAGGUUAUUGUUCCUACGCAAGCGGGACUUGCUGUUGUGAAGGGUACAACGGUUGUACCACAUAAAACGAAAGCAGAGUAUACGUUUUGCGCACCAUUCUUCCAAACAUCAAAGGCGGCAGUAGAAGUUUACACGUCAAAAUCAGAAAAUCCAAUGUAUGUGUCAGAUGAAGGAUGUAAUCGAAUUGGAGAGAUCUCAGUUGAACUUGUAGGAAGACCAAAAGAAAACAAACAGAUUUUGGAUGUUGUGAUGGUGUUUGGAGACACGGAACUACAUGUAGUUGCGAAAGAACAUGGUGGCACUAUAGACAUAACAGUCCAUGAGGUACAAAAAGAUGGAACUCUUAAGGAACUCUAUACUCCAAGUGGUGGUCCAUGGGGAGGUACUUCAGUAGACAAGGGAAUCAACGAGUUUCUAGACGAGUUGUUCGGAUCUGAAGUAAUGGAGAACUUUAGAGAACAAUACAAAGUAGACGAUCUUGAAUUGCUGAAAACAAAUAGAGAUAAAGAAGGCAGCAUGCAGAGACACCAAAGAUAA